AUGGAGUCAUCAUUUGAGGUCAAAAGAUCGACCCGUACCAUCACUGUACAACCAGAUGAAACUGUAUUGACUGCAUUACCCUAUGGGCCUAAUAACUCUCUGCUGGAUUUCCUCAAGGGAGAGCCCAGAGUCUUGGGGGCUAUCCAGAUCCUGCUUGCCUUGAUCAUUGUGAGCAUUGGAACUAUAUUUGCAUUUAAUUUCUUCAGAUAUUCCCAAAGAUUUCCACUUGUUUUCUUCACAGGAUAUCCAUUCUGGGGAGCACUUAUCUUUAUUAUUGCAGGAUAUGUCACAGGAUUCAACAAGAAGGAAGAAUGUCUGGGGAAAGGUGUCAUGGCCAUGAAUGUGAUCAGUUCUUUGGCUGCGGUGGCUGGGAUUACUCUCACCAUUAUCAGCUUUCAAUAUCAGCACCAGUACUGCAAAGUGCCUUCCAUUGAAGGAAUAUGUGUUAUAGGUCGAAUCCUUUUCAAUGGCAUUUUGUCAGUCUUACUGAUCCUCAGCUUGGUAGAGCUCAGCAUCUCUGUGACUAUAGCCUCCUUUAGAAGCAAGUGCUGGACCAAGUCAAAUGAGAUUGUGUUUUUCUUGCCUUUGGAUGUUGCUCACAAGAGUGAAUUAUCUAUCCAUGAAGAAAAUGCUGUAAUACAAAUGGACCUUCAAGAAGAGUCUAACAGAAAUGACUUGUCAACAAUCAUACAACCUGUUUUCUUUGGAGGCUAUACUUUCUUCAAGUUAAGAGUCUCAAGAAAUCCUUUAACCUUCCAUCAUUCAUGGAAAAGAGGCAGUAAUAAUUACUACACAUCUUCUUCAUCUGGGUCAGAUGAACAACAGAAAAAUAUCCCUCUCCCUUCUAAAUAUAAUGAGGAAGAAAUUGAGCUGGAACCUCCAUAUCCCAUAUUAGAGAAUAUGAUUUCAGGAGAUAGUGCAUACACUGAGCAAAUAAAUGAUGAAGAUCUACAAUUUGCUAUUGAUCAUCCCCCAGAAAGGCAAACACAAUUGCUGCAAGCUGAAACCUUGUCACUCCAAGUUUUUCCAUCCCAUUCUGUAAAAAAUCUUAAAGUGUUACCACCCUAUGACUUGCCAUAUGACACUCUGUCACUACAAGCCCUGAUAUCUGAAGCCCCGACACACCAUAUCACACAGUCUCAUGACCUGAUAUCCAAAGACAUGCCAUCCCAAAACACAAAAUCCCAAGACACAACAUCGCAAGACACAUCAUCUCAAGACACACCUUCCCAAGAUAUGCUUUCCCAAUCUUAUGACCUGAUUUCUGAAGACACACCAUCCCAAGACACAUUACCUCAAAACAUGCCUUCCCAAAACAUGCUUUCCCAAGUACAAGUUUUGCCAAUACAAACCAUGCAAUUUAAAAACCAAACAUUUCAUGCUGCACAGGCCCUUAGUGAACAACACCAGGAACAGCAAUUCUUGGAUCUUCAUCUACAAAACAUCCAACAUGAAGACCAGCAAUUUACACAUUUGUCAUAUCAAGACAUUCAAACAGAAGUAAAUUUGCUGACCCAAGAAUGGAAAUAUGAGACACACAAAAGCAGGAAAUCCACCAAGCAGCAUUCCUUCAACCAGCAACACAAAGCCUGGCAAUCUUCAACAAAGAAAUUCCUAGAAUUGCCAACCCAAGACCAGCAAUUCCCAAGGAAGAAAUCCUUAGACCAGCAUAUCAAAGGCUGGCUAUACCCAAAGAGGCACUCCAUAGAUAAGCAAGUCUCAGAUCAGCAAGCUGAAGACCAGCUCAUUCAAGGAAAACAAUCCCUAAAACAACAAUCCCAAAGCAGGCUAAGUGAAGACCAGCAGAGCGAAGAGGAGAAAUCUCCCAAGAGACAAAGCCAACAGAAACAAGCUAAAGACCUGCAGGCCCAAGAUGAGAAAUCCCCAGAGCAGCUAAGUCAACAUCUGCAAUCCCAAAUCCAGAAGUACCAAGACUGGCAACCUUUAGGUCAACAAUCCCAAGACUGGGAGAGUCAAGGAUGGAGAAACAAAGAUUGUAAAGCACAAGAAUGCCAAUUUGAAAUGAAGCGUUCCCUAAAUUGGGAAUCCCAAGCCUGGCAAACUCAAGAUCUAUUAGAGAAAGAAUUCCUAAAGCAUAAAGUUCUAUACAAAACCCAAACUCUGCAUGCUAUACCUCAAAAUCACCUUGAUCAGCAAUCACAAGACGUUGUAUCUCCAGACAGUCAGUAUCAAGAUAAGAACCAACCAGACCUUCGAUCCACAGGUAUCCCAAAAGAAAAUAUGCAAAUAGUCCCUAUACAAAGAAAAGACCUCAAACUAGUGGACAUGAAAAGUCUAUGCAAAACCCCAAGCGACCCACAAUCAGAAGACAUGAAGUCAGAUUUUCCUCAUUCCUCCUGCCAAAGCUCAGUACAAGAUGCAUCUUCCACCUAUUCAUCGAAUGUAGGUUCAGAACAAGAUGUGCAAGACGUGCAACAAAACACUUCAAUUAGCUCAACUUUAACCUCAUUUUAUACAAAGGAUCAACAGCAAUCUGAAGACUCUGACUAA